AUGGCAAAAUACAAUAUACAGAAAGUAUACAAGACUUCACUUACUGUGGUUGUCGACUGGAAAGCUUGGAAAGAACUGGCUGGAAAGCUUGGAAAGAACUGGCUGGAAAGCUUGGAAAGAACUGGCUGGAAAGCUUGGAAAGAACUGGCUGGAAAGCUUGGAAAGAACUGGCUGGAAAGCUUGGAAAGAACUGGCUGGAAAGCUUGGAAAGAACUGGCUGGAAAGCUUGGAAAGAACUGGCUGGAAAGCUUGGAAAGAACUGGCUGGAAAGCUUGGAAAGAACUGGCUGGAAAGCUUGGAAAGAACUGGCUGGAAAGCUUGGAAAGAACUGGCUGGAAAGCUUGGAAAGAACUGGCUGGAAAGCUUGGAAAGAACUGGCUGGAAAGCUUGGAAAGAACUGGCUGGAAAGCUUGGAAAGAACUGGCUGGAAAGCUUGGAAAGAACUGGCUGGAAAGCUUGGAAAGAACUGGCUGGAAAGCUUGGAAAGAACUGGCUGGAAAGCUUGGAAAGAACUGGCUGGAAAGCUAG